AUGGCUUCUGAUUUCCCAGAAGCCUUUGGGGCGCUCCUGCUCCCCGCUCUGCCAGGCCCUGCGAGGAGAGCGGGCGACAGGCUUCGGUUGCCCGGGGCAACCAUCCAGGCCGCCCCUUGGCCUGCUGGGAGUGCGGCGAAGCCAGGCGCAUGCCCGGUAGCAGCAGGAGGAGGAGGAGGAGGAGGAGGAGGAACUGGGAGGGAGGAGCGGGGGAGGCAUUUCAAUGCAGCAAGGCAGCAGCUGAGCGGGAGCGGAGACCCCCUUCAGGAGGAGCCCUCCCCAGACACCCCCUUCCCAGCUGGGGAGGCUUGGGGGGGGGCCCUGUGGCAGAGGGGCACCCCUGCGAAAAGCAGAGGUGCUGGGCAGCCAGCGUGGCGCUGGGGCACCCACCCACCCAAAACUUGCAAGGUGCCAGCCCAGUGCAUUUGCUGGGCGAUGCCAAUCAUCUCUCUCUCUCCUUCUCUGACAGGACCAGCACCCGCCUUUGCUAGGGUGCCCAUGCAGCGGUGCCAACUGGGCACCGGCAGCCCGAGAGAACCGCUUCCCAGAGCUUGAAAGGAGCCCGGCAGUGGGCACCGGGGAACGGCGUUGGCAUCAGCAGCAGCAGAAGGGCACCGGGAUGUCUGGUGACAGCGAGGAGAUCACCCGCCUCCGCAAGCCCCGCUUCUCCUACGAGGAGAACCAAAUCCUGAUCCAGGAGGUCCGUGCCAACUACGCCAAGCUGUACGGCACCCAGAGCCGGCGGGUGACGGUGGCUGAGCGGCGGAGGGUGUGGGAGGGCAUCGCCGCCAAGAUCAACAGCAUCACCAGCUGGAAGCGGACCGGGCAGGAGGUGCAAAAGCGCUGGAAUGACUUCAAGCGCCGCACCAAGGAAAAGCUGGCGAGGGUGCCCCACUCCACGCAGGGGGCCGGCAGCGCCUGCGACGAGACCUUCUCGGCCGAGGAAGAGACCAUCUUCGCCAUCCUGGGGCCCAGCGUGGUGAUGGGGGCGGGCGGGGUGGAACCCGGCGCCUUGCAGAACACGCCGGGGUUCGCCACCACCCCCAGUUACCGGCUGGCGGCUGAGCAUGGCGCAGGUGAGUCCCCGCGGGCACCCCAUCCCUCCGGCGGGCAGGUGCUGGCAGUCGAAGCAGGUGCCCUCCGGGGCCCGGCUCUGCCAAGGCGUUAGGAAGGACAGAUUGGCAGAAUGUAAGGGCCCGAGGCUUGCCACAUGUGGGUUGACACGCUGACAGCAUGGGGUAAAAAAUUGAAAACUCCACAUGCCGCCGCCAGGAGCUGAUUUCUAAACCGACUAGGUGCUGGAGGACCAAGAAGGGCUUGGUUUGAGGCACAGUGUGUGCCUCUGAGCAUGUGCAGAGUGCCUUACCCUCGGAUAGCGGCAAGCAGAUUGUUAUGUAUUCAGUGGUCUGUGUUUGCCUGAGCUUGAGUCUGGACUAAGGAUUUCACCUACAUUUCACAGAUGCCCCCAUGUGUCUAGGGGUGUGUGAAGUGAUGGGGGGGACGAUUUCAGAUUGGGUGUGGGAAAGGGUGUCAGUUCGCUUUGAUUUGCAGCACUUCUGGUUUUUAAGAAAGAGGCACGCGACAGGCCAAUGCCUUUGCCAUUGGGGUUGGGCAGGGUAGCACAAGAAAGAGAGGAGAAGCUCACGGCCCUAUCUCUUAUCACUCACAGAGCUAAAAUUCCCAGCGCCUUUAUAACAAACUACAAUUCCCAGGAUUCUUGGUGUACAGGGGCGAGCUAUGGGUUUAAAAUGCAUGCUGUGCCGGUGCCAAUCUAACCUCGCAAGUUCCAAAUGCGACUCCAAAUGGCGAAGGAAAGGCACUCUGCACAUGCUCAGAAACCUAAUUGCUCCGAGAAUGGAGCGACAGGCAUCCAACAGGGAUUUGGGCCUCGAAGGGAUGCUAUUUUAAUCUCCGCAUCACCACCUACGCCUUGGAUUCCACAGCCGAAGCUCAAAUAAAUGGCAGGGAGCUAUAUUGGCACGAUAAGCGCACAGAACAGGGGAAGCAGGAUGGCAAGCAGAUAUGACUCUGCUUCGUGAGGGAGGCAGUCCUGCGCUCGACGCCCCCCAGACCUGAAAUAUCCUUUCAAGUCUCCCCCACAUCCGUAGGGCCAGGGAUACAACUGAGACACAGAAUAACAGAAUUGUCGCGUUGUAAGGAAGCACGAGGGUCAUCUAGUCCAACCCGCUGCAAUGCAGGAAUCUUUUUCUCGAACCCAUGACCCUAAGAGACAUUCUUUUGUCUUUUCUACUUUGGGAAAUUCCUGCUCCAGGUUUGAAGGAGAGAGGAAAGUGGGGCGGGGGAAGAGAAAAAGGGGUUUCCCCACAAUGCACUAUUUUAGCUCCACAUCCAUGAUGGAGGAAUUCCCUGGCGCUUCCUGGCUUCGUCCGGCGUGCCAGAGGUUUAUCUCUGCAACCUUCUUCCAACGCUGGGAAUCAGUUUGGGCAUAUGCGAGCCAAUGUCCAGGAAACAGGUGUCUCUGUGCAUGUGCAGAGCGCAUUUUCCUCAGCCCCGGGUCACCAUCUUGGCCUCCAAUCUCGCAAAGUGCUUUCAGGUCAGGAGAGGCAAACAGCAGGACGAAGCUGGGUUAAUGCUGUGAUCCACGCUUGGCUCCCGGCUGCCAUGACUCCUUUCGACACAGGGCACAAGUGCCGAGAGAAAACGCCCGUGCCCACUCUCAGGUGGGCUAGUGGCCAGUUGCGGCUGCCAACUCCAUGCCUACACAACUCAUUCACCGGUUGUAACCUUGAGGCUGCCAAGGAAGGUGUGGAGGCAGGAGAGAAAGAAGAGUCGACUGCAACACAGCGGCAGAACUAGCCCCCAGCACAGCCCUACAGGGGCUAGGCAGCUUUCUGGGUUCCUGAAUGCUCCGCCAUGUGGAAGGGAUCUUGCACCCGGAAAGCUAGCCUGUGGGGUAAAGGGGCUUUAGCCCUGCCUUUCCCCUAAGGAGCUAGAUUCUGCAGGCAGAGAUGUCUUUCAGAACGCAGAGUUAGAAUUCAGGUCUGUGCCCAAAGAGGUAAGGACCGCAAAGGGCUGCUGGCCACAUGCUCUCUCUCCCACGCAGAAAGGGCUGGCCGGAGCGAAACAGCAGCUUGGUGAUGGGGGACUAGCAGGCCCCAAGAACUGUGUUUGAAAUUCCCCAGGCACGUUUUGCUACUGCCGCGGGUCUAAUGACAACCACGUGGCAGUUUCUGGUCGCUAGAGUGGUGGCCACCAUUUAAAAACCUCUGCCUUGCUCCCUAGUGAAUACCUUCCCCUUCCUGUCUCUCCCCUCGCAUACUGGGACGUGUGAAUUGUCACAAGAGCAAGCCACAGUCAAGCAAGGUAGUUGAGAUAGUAGAAUUGUAGAACUGUAAGGGACACGGGUGGCGCUGUGGGUUAAACCACAGAGCCUAGGACUUGCCGAUCAGAAGGUUAGCGGUUCGAAUCCCCGCGACGGGGUGAGCUCCUGUUGCUCGGUCCCUGCUCCUGCCAACCUGGCAGUUUGAAAGCACGUCAAAGUGCAAGUAGAUAAAUAGGUACCGCUCCGGCAGGAAGGUAAACGCGUUUCCAUGCGCUGCUCUGGUUCGCCAGAAGCGGCUUAGUCAUGCUGGCCACAUGACCCGGAAGCUGUACGCCGGCUCCCUCGGCCAAUAAAGUGAGAUGAGCACUGCAACCCCAGAGUCGGUCACGACUGGACCUAUUGAUCAGGGGUCCCUUUACCUUUACCUUUAAGGGGCCCAAGGGUCAUCCAGUCUGACCCACUGGUAAACUGACGUCGUGGCGACCGCAACCUAGAGUUCAGGGACCACGUAGUGCCUAGAUUAUAUAGCUGAGUUUCUAACACUGCCUAGGAAAAGGAGUUUCCUCUGGUUAUCUCCUGCUUGGACUACUGCAAUGUGCUCUAUGUGGAGCUACCUUUGGAGGAAACUGCAAUCAAUCCAGAAUGUUGCAGCUAGACUGGUGACUGGGAGUGGCCACUGAGACCAUAUAACACUGGUCUUGAAAGACCUACACUGGCUCCCAGUACGUUUCCGAGCACAAUUCAAAGUGUUGGUGCUGACAUUUAAAGCCCUAAACGGCCUCGGUCCUAAGUACCUGAAGGAGCGUCUCCACCUCCAUCGUUCUGCCUGGACACUGAGGUCCAGCGCCGAGGGCCUUCUGGCGGUUCCCUCAUUACGAGAAGUGAGGUUACAGGGAACCAGGCAGAGGGCCUUCUCAGUAGUGGCACCCGCCCUGUGGAACACCCUCCCACCAGAGAAAAAUACCGUAUUUUUUGCUCUAUAAGACUCACUUUUUCCCUCCUAAAAAGUAGGGGGAAAUGUGAGUGUGUCUAAUGGAGCGAAUGCAAACUGCGCAGCUAUCCCAGAAGCCAGAACAGCAAGAGGGAUUGCUGCUUUCACUGCGCAGCGAUCCCUCUUGCUGUUUUGGCUUCUGAGAUUCAGAAUAUUUUCAUGUUUUCCUCCUCCAAAAACUAGGUGUGUCUUGUGGUCUGGUGCAUCUUAUAGAGCGAAAAAUACGGUAACUACCAAACGUUUAGAAGACAUCUAAAGGCAGCCCUGUUUAGGGAAGCUUUUAAUGUUUAAUAGGUUAUUGUAUUUUAGUGUUUUGUUGGAAGCCGCCCAGAGUGGCUGGGGAAACCCAGCCAGAUGGGCGGGGUAUAAAUAAUAAAUAAUUAUUAUUAUUAUUCCGGGUGCCAGCCUUGUCAAUCUCCUGCUUCCCUCCGCCUCUGCAGACAUGCCAGCCAGGGGCAACCUCUCCUGCAGCCCAGAGACUUCUGCGCGGACUUCCUGCUGCACCCUGAACGGGGGUCUACUGAGGCCCAAGGAACGCGACUCGCCGGCGCCCCCUUCGGCCCAGCCCGCCUCACUGCAGAUCAUCCAGAUGGCGCCUUCUCCGGCCAGCUUAGGCUGCAGGCCGCACCCAGAGCACUCCCCUGCGGAGCCGCUGGGCAGCACCCCGUGCCCCUCUGCCUCGCCACCCCUGCGGCGCCGACGCACCCGCCUCGACCUGCCCGCCGAGCCCCCUGUGGACUUCUUGCAGGCCCAGCGGGAGACGGCCGAGGCCGUCCGCGAGCUGACCUACACGCUGCGGCAAGGCCUGGAGCGGCUGACCGACGUGGUGGCGGCUUUGCUGCCCCUCCUUCCUGCCCAGGCGAAUGGCCUGCUGCCCCCGCAGGGGGUGAGCCCGAGCCCCGGGCCGCCGGCCCCUUCCUCGGAGACCCCGCCGCCCAGGGCCACCGUCGCCACCAAGGAGGAGCCGUCCCCGGAGAGGAGAGAGGACGAGGGGGGUCCUGUGCCCGAAGAAGGCCAGCCAGUGGCCAGAAGCGGGCCGUCCCCUGCACCCCAGAAGCGGAGGAAAGGGAUCCCCACGCGGAAACGCAGGGGGCGCUGGAAGAACUUGUGAGCGCUGCCAAGGACCUGGUUCUGACUCUGCCCCCUAUUGGGGGGGAGGGGAGAAACACAUGGGGCAGAUGCCCAGUGAGAAGAACGCCUUCUCUCGACGCUCUGCCCCAAAGGUUAUUCGUUCCUUUGCAAAACACAGUCCAGACUCACCCCCGGACCCUGUGGUGUUGGUUGCAAGGGAUCUCCACCACCCCCACCCCCAGGCCAUGCCGGGUAGCCUGUCAGUGCUCAAGAAACACCCCUCGCCACCCGGUUUUUGCAGCCCCACAUGAGGCAGUGGGGCCAGGAGUGUUUGCCAAAGUCCUCGCAAGCGGCAACGCACAGCUGCGGGGUUGUGCAUUUUUUUGCGGGUGCCUGAAACCCAGGGUGGAAAACCAGCCAGAAAAAGGGAAAUCGGACAGACCACCACCACCCAAAAAAACACCCCUCUGCCAGCUCCCAAGCUUUGCCAGUGUCUCCCUCCGCCCCGCCCCCCAACCCUGUCCCAAUUGCUUUUUGCAUUAAGACACUCUUGGAAGGGGGAAUACAGGGUGGGGAGGGUUUUGCCGCCUCCCUGUCCCACAAAGACCAACUUCCCUCCUUCCCCAUGUCUUUCCGAAGCCCUUUCCCAGCGCCUGAAAAGCCAAAAGCCUCCUCGACUGAAAAGCCCCAAUGUGGAGGGGCAGGGGCAAGGUUGCCCAAAAGCAGCUCUCGGCCAUUCCGGCAUAAGUUGAAGCCAUUCCGGCCAUUCCCUUUGCUCUGCCCCGUCCCCUACGGAAGCUCAAUAAACUAUUUUCGUACUACAGCUCCCUUGUGUUCGUGAAAUGGUGACGGUGUG